GUAAAUCCUCUUUAACGAUUCAAUUCGUGGAAAACCACUUUGUUGAUUCUUACUAUCCUACUAUUGAGAACACUUUUAAUAAGGUCAUAAGAUAUAGAGGACAAGAAAUUGCUGCGGAUAUUAUCGACACUGCUGGUCAGGAUGAAUAUUCAAUUCUGAACUCCACACACGCGGUUGGAAUUCAUGGUUAUAUUUUGGUCUACUCGGUUACCUCUAGGCAGAGCUUUGAGAUGAUUAAGAUUAUUAGAGACAAAAUUUUGGCUUAUAUGGGGACAGAUUGGGUUCCGAUCGUCUUGGUUGGAAAUAAAACCGAUUUACAUUUGCAGAGGCAACUGACUUCGGAAGAAGGCAAAGAAUUGGCUACGCAAUGGAAUUGUGCGUGGACCGAAGCAUCGGCCAAGCAUAACGAAAAUAUAACCGGGAAAAUGCAGGGCUUAGUGGAUUACGACUCUUCCAACUCGGAAGACGACAACGAAAUUAAUGACGUGUAUGUGGCGGACAAAAAUAAUAAAAACGAAAACGAAAGAAGAAUUGAAGACAAAGUAAGAGGUAGCUUAGCUUAUUAUGUAUCUUCACCAUAUCAUCUUCCGGUAAUAAAAAAAAUGCUCGUACCAAUACUAGAAUCUUCAUCGACAAAGAAAUUACCACCUUUGCCACCAGAAUUCUUGAAUCUUUAUCAGGAUAAAAAAUAUAUUGAAAAUCCAGAGUUGCAUCAGGGUCGCAUCAGGACAAAACCACAUGUCGAAGGUAAUUGGGCUACCCACGUAUAUGUGGAAGUCACGUUGCCUGACGAAUUUGUGGAUUUAAUUUGUAAAAUUAAAACUUGUGCGCAAAACAUUGUCGGUGACGGGAUUAAUGUUUAUUCGUGCAUCGAAGACUCCGACAAAGAAGAUUCAAAAUUACAUAUUAGUUUAACUAGACCUAUAUUCUUGAAGUAUUUUCAAAUAGAAAAAUUUUGGGAUGGAUUACGUAAAGGAUUUGAGAAUAGGAAAAGGUAG